CAAACACAAUAAGGAAGAAGAAGAAGACUUCUCCUACUAGACAGUAAAAGGCGAUGUAGUUGUAAAUUUUCAGCUACUAAAAGUUGUGUUAUCAGCUGUGUUUCACUAAAUUACAAACAGACAUGUACCGGUGCAUGACGAGUCCAGAGGGGCUGGAGUCUAUUUCAGCAUGCAGUAAGUGAAAGUCAAAAGACACCAAAACAGGUCUGUCAUGGGGCUACCACCUAUAGACCGACCGUCCAGCUCACAUAUACAGAAGUGUGUGUAGUGGAGGAAGAGUGUGUCCUACCUUUGUGCCUGCUUACAGCCAGUCAUCAUCAUCAUCAUCAUGGACUCUGAGAAACACAGCAGAGGAGAGACAACACAGGCUGGCUGAGCAGCGUCUGCAGUGUUCAGUCCGCUGUAUGAGCUCUGCAGCCAGGAAGAGCAGAAGUCUGCGCAGUGCCUUCCCGGUGUUGGAGCUGCCCCUCCAGCCCAUCCACCAACAUGUUUAUGAAGCUAACCUCCGAAACAGCAACAGCUGCCGCAACAAGUACAUGGAGUUGAGUGAAAAGGUUAAAAAAGGUGGAGGGGAAAAUGCCAUAGCCAGACACACCCAGCGAAACAAGAAGUUGUUGGUGAGGGAUCGGUUGCGGCUCCUGUUGGAUGAUGAGGACUUCUUGGAGCUGUCACCAUUCGCGGGUCUGGGUCUGCCGUACGGGGACAUCCCUUCAGCUGGGUGCCAAACUGGUAUUGGCAGGAUAAAUGGCCUGUGGUGUGUGUUCAUCGCCAAUGAUGCCACAGUGAAAGGCGGCACAGCUUAUCCAAUCACAGUAAAGAAGCAGCUGCGAGCACAAGAAGUGGCAAUUCAGAACCGCCUGCCCUGUGUUUACCUGGUCGACUCUGGGGGAGCUUUUCUACCACUGCAGUCAGAGAUCUUUCCUGAUAAGAACCAGGGAGGAAGGACGUUCUAUAAUGAAGCCAUCAUGUCUGCCAUGAAGAUCCCACAGGUGUCGGUGGUGUGCGGUUCAUGCACGGCGGGCGGAGCUUACAUCCCCACCAUGGCAGAGGAGACAGUGAUGGUGCACCGGAUAGGGACCAUAUUCUUAGGAGGACCGCCGCUUGUCAAGGCUGCCACGGGAGAGGAAGUCACACCGGAGGACCUGGGAGGAGCCAGGCUUCACGCUGAGGUGAGCGGCUGUGUGGACCAUUUUGCCUGGGAAGAGAAGGAGGCGUACGAGUACACCAGAAACAUCAUAUCCACCCUCAACUUCCAACUGCCUGAGGAAGAGGAGGAGGAUGAGGAGAAGAUGAGGAAGAGGAAAGUAGAGGAGGAGCCGCUUUAUAGUUCAGAGGAGCUUCUGGGGCUCGCUCCCAGAAGUUACAACUACAGUCUGGAUGUUAAAAUGGUAGUUAGUCGGCUGACCGAUGGGAGUCGCUUCCAGGAGUUCAAAGCUCGCUAUGGAACCACACUCACCACUGGCUUUGCAAAGAUACAUGGUCACCUGGUAGGGAUAGUAGCCAACAACGGAGAGCUGUCAAACGAGGCUGCUCUGAAAGGAAGCCACUUCGUCCAGUUAUGUGACCAGAGAGACGUCCCCCUCCUCUUCCUCCAGAACACAGCGCCCACAGCAGCACUAACACUCUCCACAGCACAGGCAGAGAUUAACAGCAACCGCCUGAAGGCUCAGGGUUCAAUGAUGUCAGCAAUAGCGUGUGCCUCCGUCCCCAAAAUCACUGUGGUGAUUGGCGGUUGCCAUGGUGCUGACAGCUAUGCAAUGUGUGGACGGUCCUUCGACCCUAAUUUCCUGUUCCUGUGGCCCAACGCCAGAGUGUCCAUGACAGCUCCGGGUCACGCUUGCUCUCUGCUUCCCCCUGACGUCGAGCAGGCGGAAGAGGAGAAGAAGAAGCAGGAGGACAAACUGAACAAGAGAUUGGAGGAGGAGAGUUCAGCUUUCUUCGCCUCCGGCCGACUCUGGGAUGAUGGAGUCAUUCUACCUCAGGAGACCAGGAAGGUUCUUAGAGACUGUCUGGACAUCAUCAAACAGCAGCAGUAUCAGCUUUCCACAGAGAAACAGCGAUCAGCGCUCCUACGUAUAUAAAAGCCUCCGUCCUUCUCCUCCACACUUCCUCUGGACGCUACAGACACCCGCACAUCUCUGAUGAAACUGCUGUUUUUACAACCAGUCCGGCUGCUGAAGCCCAUCGGUCCCCUUUACCAAUAUGUGCCGAGAGGAUCUACACCAAGAUCCCAAUGCUAACACUUUAGCAUGAUUAGUAAUUGUGAAUGAUGAGAAUUGUGACAAAAUGAGAACUUUUUGCAGAGACUUUUUAUACAUUCAUGUGUUAUACAGAAAUAUCUACAGGAGAUGCAGAGAUAAUUUUGUUGUCAAUCCUCUAAUUUGAUAUUUGAUAAAGUGACCAAUGGAUCAAACCAUCAAUCAUCUUUAAUAUUGAAUUAGUACCCACAAUAGUGCACCUUUGGAAGAGACUGUAGGAGAUGAUGAAUAUAAUGUAAUAAUGUGUUGUGGCUGCUCCUUAAAUGUGUGAUAAUUAAAAAAUGUUUCUAA